CAAAGUAAAUGUGUUUACAGUACUUCGUGCAUUACAUUUCAUUUGAAAUUUCAGUGUGGUACUGGUGUGGUUAUUCAAAUUGAAUAAUUCAAUCACCAUUCUAGCUGUGCUUACUCACAAUUCUUAACUUUUAAAGCAUUUUGUGACAAUUAUUAUACUAAUUUUUUACUAAUAUUUACCUUUUCCAAUUUAUUAACUACUUUUAAAAGAUGAAGUUAAAGACUAAUAAUUCUGCUAAGAAGCCCGUGAAUACAAACAAAAAUAAAUCUCCGAAGAAACAAGCUAAAGGUGGUGUACAAGUUAGAAAAGAAAAGUCCAAAGAUAUUGUCAAACCAACUGUACUGAAAAAGGAAGGAGAAAAAGUUAAAGUAGAAACACCUCCCAAUCCUGAAAAAUUGGCAAUUCAAGAAUUAUGGGCUAAAGCUAUUCAAAAUGUUUCUAAUAUGACUGAUCUUUCUGAUGAAGAAACUAGUAUUGCUAAGCUAUUAGGAGAUUACAAAAAUAAAUCUUCUAUUCCGCAAAAGAGUAAAAAACUGAAAAACAUGAUUACUAAAGGAUUUUCCAAAUUUAAGGAUACUAGUGAUGAAGUGUUGGAUGGAGUUUAUGAAAAAUUAAUUAAUGAAUUCAAAGCUGUUGGUGGUAACGUAGAUAGUAUAAAUAAAGACACCAAAGAAAGGGCUAAAAAAUCAGAUUCCAAGACUCCAAAAUCUAAAAAAGAAGAAGUUUCUAAUGAUGAAGAAAUGGAUGACGAUGAUGAAGUUGAUGAAGAUGAUGUUGUUGAUGAUGAUGAUGAUGAUGAUGAUGAAAAUGAAGAUCUUGAAGUUGAUGAGGAUGAUGAUGAAGAAAGCGAAGAGGAAAAGCCUAAGCCUAAAGCUAAGGGUGGUUUCAAAAAUGGUAAAAGUCAGCCAAAUAAAGGUAAAAAUGGUUCUAAAUUUAAAGGUGGCAAAGUACAGAAAAAUAAAAAAUUUAAUAAGAAAAAGUAAGUUAUAUAGUUUGUAACUUAAAUCUUUACAUUAUUGACUUAUUUUAUGAUUUCAACUUUAUGUAAUUGUAUAAAUUUACAAAUACUUAAUUAUAAUAAAUAUUACUAUUUAUAAUGAAUUGUAAUUCUUUAAUUUUUUUAAUUAGUUGUUUUUUGAUAGUUUAAUAGAUUUAAGUUUAUGAAAUGGUAUUUAUUUUUAUUUAUAUUUUUGACCAAAAAAAUAUUGUAAAAUCGGUGUAGCAUUUAAUUAAUCUGAGGGGUAGAUACUAAUUUAGGUGUUUGGAUUACAUACUUGUAUACCCUUCACUUGAUGUGACGAGUCUAAUACUAUUUGAUGUUAAUUAACCCAAAUUCUUCUGAAGAUGAACAUAUUUUGAAUAACCUGUUUUCAUUAACAAUUUUAAAUACAAAAUGGGUAAGGUGCUAAGAUUUAGACUAUUUUUCAAAUGAGAAUGCACCGCACCCGCCCCUACAAGAGGGCGUGCAAUAUCAACAGCAACGGUCUGUGGAGCCUGAUGGAUGUAUAAACUAGAACCAGCUUUAUUCCGCUUCCUGGUGCAUCCUCAUUUAAAAAAGACAACUAUUAACUAAAUUAUUAUCAAAGAUAUACCUACUGUUUUCAGAAUAAAAAAGCAAAGCACAUCCAGAUUCUCUGGGCAACAUAUGCCCCUUGGCUCCCGCCAAAUAUUCUAUGAUUGGCUAUUGAUUAUUAUUGGUUGCAAUCAUCAUUUGCACUGUUGUCUUCGUAUUUUGUCAUGUGGCUGAAUAUAGGGAAGAGACAGUCAUGCUAACUACAACUGUUUUCUGAGCGCAUUGCAUUUUGAUUCUGAAAACAGUAUAGGCACAUAUAAUUUUCUAUCUUAGCAAUAGGGCACAUACUGAUACACUAUAUAUGUGUGCAUGAGGUAAACAAGCACCAAGAUCUCUUAUUACUCCAUACAAAAAAAAAAAAAUACCUGUCAAUGCCAUGCACUCAUUUAUU